CUCGCAGUUACCCCUAGCAACCGUUUGUAAAUAAUCCAUCGACAAGUUACAGAUUAUUUCAGACCAACUGUAAAAGAAAACAGCCAGCUUCUCUCAUGAACCCCACGACGAUUUAACAGCCAAAAUGUCUGAGGAAAAGAAAGAAGUUAAAGAUGGAAAGGUGUCCAUAGAUGACACGGCCUUUGAGGCUUUAGAGAAAGAUUUCUCAGAGGUCCUCAAUGAGUUGAUGGGAGAUAGAAGUUUAGAAAAAUUUAGGAUCGAGUAUGAAAAACUUCACAAGGCUUUGAAAAAAUCACAUGAAAGUGAAAAGCGGUUAAUGCAAAAAUGCCGAGAAUUAAAUUCGGAGAUUGUUGCCAACUCUGCCAAAGUUUCUACAGCCUUGAAACUAUCUCAAGAAGAUCAAGCUACUAUUGCAUCUUUGAAAAAGGAAAUCGAAAAAGCAUGGAAAAUGGUUGAUACGGCUCAUGAGAAGGAAACUCGAGGAAGGGAGACAAUUCAAUCAUUGAAGAUGGAGAUCGCUAAUCUGAGUAAACUGGUAGAACAAGGAGCAGGGUUAACUAUGGGUCAAGAACAUAGUGUGAAUGAACUUUUGAAAAUAAAAGAAGAAUUAACAAAAGAAAGAGAUGAACAGUUUUCAGAAAUUACACGUCUCCGUGAAAAAUUGGCAGAAGCUAACACACAGCAACAGCAACUUGAACAAAACCAAGUUGAGACAGAAGAGAAGAUUCAAGAGUUGAACCAAGAUAUUCAGAUGAGAAAUAAUGAAGCCCAGCGUGAAACUAGAAAGAAAGAUAAAGUUGAAAGAGAGCUGAAACAAGCUAGGGCAGAUUUAGAUUCGAAAAUCUCAGAAAUAAAAUCAAUGCAGAAUAAUAUCGAACGUCAGAAACAGGAAAAUACAAAACUUGAACAGCAAUUGAAAGAACAAAGAGUUUUGAAUGAGAGAGCUAUUAAAGAUGCUGAACAUCUCAACACUCGAGUACAGAAACUACAGGCUGAUAAUGAGACUCAGAUAUUGAAUGCUGAUGCACUAGCCAAUGAAAAUCAAACAAGGGUUGCUGAGCUCAAGCAAAAAGAAGAAGAGGUUAUGUCAUUGAAAUCAGAAACUCAAAAAUUGAACAAAUCUCGAGACACUAUCAAUAGAAAGUUAUUGGCAAUAGAAAGUAACAAGAUCGAGAUAGAAAAACAGAAAGAUCUAUUACGUGGACAGAUUGUUGGAUUAGAGAGAGAAUUGGAUGCUGCUAAGAAACAGGGUGAAAUGGAUCGUAAAGCUAUUGAUGAUUUGGUUAGAGAAAGAGACAUCUUGAAUAAACAUUUAUUGAAAGCAAUGGGUGGUACCCAGAAACAGCUUCAUCUUGUUAAAUUACACGAACAAUCCAAGAAAAACUUGGAACAGGAAAUCUACCAAUAUAAGGAAGAAGCUCAGAAACAGAGAAAGAUUAUUUACCAGUUAGAGAAAGAACGAGAUCGUUAUAUUAACGAAGCUAGUGACUUAACACAAAAGGUAUUACAACAUAUGGAAGAGGUGAAAGUACGUGAGAUGCAGAUCUUUGAUUACAAAAAGAAAAUUGCUGAGGCUGAGACGAAAUUAAAACAACAACAGAAUCUGUAUGAAGCUGUUAGAAGUGACAGAAAUCUCUACAGUAAAAAUCUUAUUGAAUCACAGGAUGAGAUCACAGAAAUGAGACGUAAGUUGAAGAUCAUGAAUCAUCAAAUAGAUCAGUUGAAAGAAGAAAUUCAGGCUAAGGAAGCUGCCUUGGUGAAAGAACAUCUGGAACAUCAACGAGUGGAUAAAGAAAAGGACACACUUAAAGCUGAAUUACAGAAAAUGAAACAACAGGCAUCAGAAAGUAAAGCUUACAUUGAAGCUCAAGAAGCUGAGGAAAGGAAAUUAUUGAAGAUUAUUGCUGAGGCUGAUGCGGAACGAGUUAGACAAAAGAAAGAACUGGAUCAGGUAAUCAGUGAAAGAGAUAUUUUGGGUACCCAACUUGUGAGACGUAACGAUGAAUUAGCUCUUCUAUAUGAAAAGAUUAAGAUACAACAAUCUGUGUUGAACAAGGGUGAAAUACAGUAUAAUCAACGUAUUGAAGAUAUCCGAGUGUUGAAACUUGAAAUUAAGAAACUGAGAAGAGAAAAGACUAUUUUACAGAAGAGUGUUGCUAAUGUUGAAGAUCUCCGACGUGAAGUUUAUCAUAUUCAACGUGAGUUAUUGAGAGAAAGAACGCGAUGUAAAGCUCUGGAGGAAGAAUUAGAAAACCCAAUGAACAUUCAUAGAUGGAGGAAACUGGAGGGAAGUGAUCCAAGUACAUUUGAAAUGAUCCAGAAGAUUCACACCCUACAGAAACGAUUGAUCCAAAAAACCGAAGAAGUUGUUGAGAAAGAAUUAUUGAUUCAAGAAAAAGAAAAACUUUAUUUAGAAUUAAAACAUAUUUUAGCUCGACAACCUGGACCUGAGGUUGCAGAACAAUUACAGAUCUAUCAACAAACCUUGAAAGAAAAAACAAAACAAAUGAAGGCUAUGGCGUCAGAGUUGAACAUGUAUGAAUCACAAGUUAAUGAAUAUAAAUACGAGAUUGAAAGAAUAGCACGGGAAUUACAAGAAGUCAAGAAGAAAUAUUUCUUACAGAAAAAGAAAGAACAAUCAUCGAAGGAAAGAGAAAGAGCUAUAAUCAAUACUGGUACUGCAGCUAUACAACCACAGCGAACUGAUGCAGCAAGAUUCACUGGCGGGGGAUUUAAUUUAAAAACGGCUAAAACAGCAGCAUAAUCAGUGUACAAACAAUUCUUAACGUAAUUUAUAUUAAAAGUGAUUUUUUUAAACAUAUACAAGCAUUCUCUUACAAACCUUCCUAAUUGUAAGACACUGAUGAAACUGCUUCCUUAUUAACCCUUUAGCCCUUGGACCCUGAUCCUAAAACACCUGAAACUACUCUGGUAUCUAAAGUAAUGUGAAUAGGUGUGAACUAUUUAAAGACAGUACACCAGUUCUGUGACCCAGGAAAUCUAGGGAUGAGUACUUUCAUGUCAUUUAUCUAAAUGAGCUACAAAAUUUGAUGCAUGAUGCAGAAACAUCACUUUUUUUUCUGAUUUUCUUUUUUUUUUUACCAAGGGCUAAAGGGUUAAUGAAUAUACCAUGUCAAAAUACUUAUAACAGUUUUAACAAAAGAUCCCUUAAUUCUAUGUCCUCCUUCUCAGAAUGUAUUGUAAUAAUGUCUCUUUCUCCUUAUUGUAAUAAUGUAAUAAUGCAUUGAAAGAACACCUUAAAUCCAACAUGUGAUAUUGGUUCUCUUAGAUUUUGUAAUUUGUGUGAAUACAUAUCUUGUAUUGUAAGACACAUGAAUACAUUUUUUGUAUUGUAACACAUUGAAUACAUAUUUUGUAUUGUAACACAUAUUUUAGCAAACCGAACAACCUACACCAAAACCAUUAACAGAUAAUAUUAGAUAUCAGAAAAAGAUCUGUCUAAUUUCAAGGUUAAAAUGGAUUAUGGAGAAUUGUUUUUACAUUACUAUAUGGUUGAAUAUGGUAUUCAGUACAAUCUUUUUAUCGGAAAGUAAAAUCGAUCUUUAUGGAUAUUACUUUGAUUUUGAAUUUUGAAUACACAAUGCAAAAGAGAUAGAAAUCAUAAUAAAAUUAAUUUUCUUUUUUUGCUUUCGAAAGAAGGGAUAGUACUCAUAAUUUCCUUUAUUCUAUGAUUUGUAUAAUUUUAAAUCUGUUUCACUUCUCUAUUGAUUUGGAUAUAUGUUUUAUUAUUUUUAGUGUACUGAAUUUGUUAUAUCUGUGAUAAGCAUUAUUAUAAUUGUAUAUAGAUACAAAAUAGUAUUUAAUACAAUGUUAUAAUAAAAUAACUAUUUAUUCA